ACACCUCUCUCUAUCUCUCCUUCCCUCUCUCUCUCUCUCUCUCUCUCUCUCUCUCUCUCUUGCCUUCCCAUUUCCUCAAUUCGAUCAACCAAACCAUGACUAAGAUAUUCUUGGUUCUAGUACUUCUGCAAACUUUGUUCAACAUUUUGGUUGUGGCUUCGGCUGGUAACCUCAACCAAGAUUUUGACUUAACAUGGGGUGACGGUCGAGCGCAAAUACUCGACAACGGGCAGCUUCUUACGCUGUCCCUGGACAAGACUUCGGGGUCGGGUUUCCGGUCCAAGAAUCAGUACUUGUUUGGGAAAAUUGAUAUGCAGAUCAAGCUUGUGCCUGGUAACUCUGCUGGUACUGUUACGGCUUACUAUCUGUCCUCGUUGGGUUCUACUCAUGACGAGAUAGAUUUUGAGUUUCUAGGCAACCUAAGCGGAGAUCCUUAUAUUCUACACACAAAUGUUUUCACACAAGGGAAGGGUAAUAGGGAGCAACAAUUCUAUCUUUGGUUUGAUCCCACCAAAGACUUCCACACCUACUCCAUCUUGUGGAACCCUCAAAGCAUCAUAUUCUCUGUGGAUGGGACACCCAUUAGACAGUUCAAGAACUUAGAAUCGAAGGGAAUUCCUUUCCCAAAGAACCAAGCCAUGUCAAUAUACUCAAGCCUGUGGAAUGCAGAUGAUUGGGCCACACGUGGAGGGCUUGUGAAGGCAGAUUGGAGCAAAGCCCCAUUUACAGCCUCAUACAGAAACUUCAACGCCCAAGCUUGCACUUGGUCUUCAGGCUCUUCCCAUUGUUCUUCUUCCAGUUCCUCAAGCUCCUCCAGCUGGUUGAGUCAGUCACUGGAUGCAACUGGCCAAGAAAGAAUCAAAUGGGUUCAGAAGAACUACAUGAUUUACAACUAUUGCAGAGAUACCAAGCGCUUCCCACAAGGGUUUCCAGCUGAGUGCUCAUUGGCAUGAUCACUUCAUUGAUUUCCUCCUCUCCACAUAAAACGACUAGGGAUGCUAUUUGUAUUUUAAGUUUUAUUUGUUUGCAGCAAUUUUAACAUCGUGACACGACCAAUAAAUAGAUUACAAGAUUUCGGUAACAUAACAUAUGUGAGUUAGGCUAGUUGGCUA